UAACACUAAUUUUUCACUCUUGGGUUGAAAAUGUCUCAUCAAACUUCUUUGGUUUCUGUUUCAACAAUGAAGAGCCCAAACACUUCUAAAGUUGAACGUCCUCUUGCAAAAUAUCAUUCAAGCAUAUGGAAAGACCAUUUCCUUUCGCUAUCAACUGAAGCAAUGAAAAUAGAUGUUGUGAUGGAAGAACGAGCUAAACAGUUGAAAGCAGAAGUAAAAAAGAUGCUAAUGAUUUCUAAUAGAAAUCUUUUGGAGAAAUUAAGUUUAGUUGAUUCAAUCCAACGGUUAAGUGUAUUUUAUCAUUUUGAGAAUGAGAUUGAUCAAAUCUUAGAACAAAUAUAUGCAAACUAUAGAGACUUCACAAGUAUUGAUGGCGAUGAUGAUCUUCACACUAUCUCUCUUCUAUUUCGAUUGCUUAGACAACACGGUUAUAGAAUCCCAUGUGACAUAUUCACAAAAUUUGUAGAAAGUAAUGGAAAGUUCAAAGAAUCAUUAGCGGAGGAUGCAAGAGGAAUUUUAAGUCUAUAUGAAGCGGCAAAUAUGAGGGUGCAUGGAGAAGAUAUCCUUGAGGAAGCUCUUGAUUUUAGUGUGAAGCAUCUCAAAAAUAUUAUGGCCAACUCAAACUCCAAAUUUGGUGCUGAAAUUGAGCAUGCCUUGAAAUGGCCAUUAAGAAAAGACCUUCCAAAAUUAAAGGGGAGAGAGUACAUAACAAUGUAUCAAGAAGAUCCUUCCCAUUCUCAAACUUUACUUGCUUUUUCAAAACUGGAUUUCAACAUAUUACAGAAACUUUAUCAAAAGGAGUUGAAGGAACUCACAAGGUGGUGGAAAGAUUUGAAUGUCGAAACAAAUUUUCCUUAUGCAAGAGAUAGAAUUGUUGAGUGCUACUUUUGGACAUUGGGUGCAUACUUUGAACCUCAGUUCAAUGUUGGAAGGAAAAUAUUAACCAAAGUAAUCGCCAUUUCUUCAAUUUUAGAUGAUACAUAUGACGCCUAUGGAACAUUUGAAGAACUCCAGAUUUUCACUGAAGCAAUUCAAAGAUGGGAUAGAAGCAUGGUUAGUAUACUCCCAGAGUACAUGAAACCUUUAUAUAUAGCAAUGUUGAAUCAUUAUAAAGAAAUUAGCAAAGAAAUAGGUAUGGAUGAAAAUUCGUUUCACGUUCAUACUACAAAAGAAGAAAUAAAAAAGCUAGCUAGAUCCUACUUUGAAGAAGCUAAAUGGUUAAAUCAAAAUUACACGCCAAAAUUUAAAGAGUAUAUGGAAUGGGCAUUACAUAGCACAGGUUAUUUCUCGAUUAUAAGCGUUGCACUCAUUGGUAUGGGUGACAUAGUAACGAACGAGAUACUUGAAUGGUUUUUUAGAAAACCUAAAAUUAUUAAUGCCUCAACCAUCAUUUGUCGACUCAUGGACGACAUCAUUUCCCGCAAGUUUGAGCAAGAAAGGAAACAUGUUACGUCUGGAGUUGAAUGUUAUAUGGAGGAAUAUGAAUGUUCAGAGGAAGAAGUUUGCGUUGAAUUUCAAAAGCAAGUGGUUGAUGCAUGGAAGGACAUAAAUGAAGCAUGUCUUCAUCCACUCGAUGUUCCAAUGCCUAUUCUUAUGCGGAUUGUGAAUGUUUCAAGAGUCAUCAACCUUCUUUAUACAGAUGAGGAUGGAUACACAAAUGCAAAUGGUCGAACCAAAUUUCUUAUCGAAUCUCUUCUUGUCAAUCCAAUGCCUUGUUGAAUAUAUGUUGCACCAACAAUCUCUAUAGGACUGAAAGUUUAGACUUAAAUAAGUCCUUUUGGGUUAUGGUGGUUAGAGUGUCUUAGCCACUCCCACUCAAGUUAGAUUUUUUUUUCUUUUAUUUCAAAUAAAAACUAUAAUAA